AUCUAUAUCCUCUGGCCCCUCGACGUUACAUACGAUGACCGUCGUUUUAUCCUCGCCUCAGAGCCCAAUUUCAGGUGGUCCGCUACCUCAAUACGGGUAUGGCUCUGAUCAUACCUUUGAUCACCUUAUUCAGGACAACCCCUUCUUGUUUCGGGUAUAUACUCCGAAGCAACGCUCCCCAUUCUUUGAUGCUACCGAGCCCUACUUUGUUGGCCAGAAGUACAACGAGCAAUAUAGAGAGGCCGCAGAGCGACUUCGACAGCCAUUUACAGGCAAAGUCAGUAGCUUCAACGAGCAGUUAUGCGGAUGUUGCCCAGCACAUGGACUGGACGCAGAGACACAUGUCUCCUUAUAUCUCGACUACGUUCAGCUUCGCCUGGGCUAUUUGGGAGGCUUCCCGCAGGUACCGGGUUGGUCUCAAGCAUGACAUUGAAAUCGCCAUCAUCGAUGCACGUCAGCUCGCCGGUCGAGCUGCGACCGCUCUGGAGCUACUAAGAAAGGGCACACCCAAUGAAAGACAUCUGGACUACUGGAAGUGGUACAGAUUCGCAUUGGAGUCGCAAGACGUCCUUGUUCAUGGAUCUAUCCCCGGUUCGGCUGUUCUAGCCUCAGUCCCCCUUCUAAGCAUCAUCGACAAACUCCCGUCAUACUUCCUCCGCCAAGAUACCGUUGUCGAUAAGCGGUCGUCUUUAUCGCAGUUUAAUAUCUUAUCAUGGGAUACCAUGGAUCGCAAGCCUAGUUUCCGCCAGUUCUGCCAAGAUAUGUCGGAUCAGUUCUUGCACCUUCCCACUGAGCAUCGUCUUCGCGAUGCAACUGGAAGCUCCGUUCGCUUGGCAAUGACAUUUCUGCGUCCCUGGUUCCAUAGUGUUGUCGUCGACGAUUUUACUGAAGCGACUGAGACAGUCUGCAGCCUUGCCUUCAUAAUUGCGCAAUGGCCAGCUCAGUGGUGGUCACGAGACCACACCGAGAUGUGGGAUGUCAUUCGCUCCCUCGUCCAAUCUGUCGGCGAAGAAGUUCGAGAGAAGCAGAAGGGAGUAGGCGGUUGAAGAGGUUCGGAGAUUGCAAGGGGUGGUUUCCAACCUUGAACGUGUUGUACAAGACUACGAAGAGGCUGAAGUUGCUUCAUCAG